AUGAGAAACUAUUUACGCACGUUCGCACGGAUUGCCCGAAAAUAUGAUAUUGGAUUGAUCUUGGAAAGCGCAACAUGGCGUGCUAAUCCUGAUUGGAUUCGAAAACUCGGCUACUCUGACCAAGAUCUGAUUAGUAUCAAUCGCAAGGCUAUCGAAUUACUCUGCGACAUUCGCAAUGAAUAUGAAACCGAAAAAUCCCCGAUGGUUAUUAAUGCAUCUGUCGGUCCACGCGGAGACGGGUAUAAUCCUACGGUAGUCAUGUCGGCUAAAGAAGCACAAGAAUAUCAUGCGACACAAAUCGGUGCUAUCAGUCAGACUAACGCGGAUAUGGUGACCGGCCUGACAAUGAACUACGCCGAAGAAGCUAUAGGUAUCGCACUAGCCGCUAAGGCAGUUGGUAUGCCCGUAGUGAUCUCGUUCACUGUCGAAACGGACGGUAGGUUACCGACAGGACAAACGCUGAAAGACGCAAUUGAACUUGUGGAUAAAGUUACUCAGAGUACACCCGUUUAUUAUAUGGUAAACUGCGCACAUCCCAGCAGUUUCGAAGAUGUCUUGGUCUCUGACGAAGCUUGGGUAGCACGGAUUCACGGUGUCAAAGCCAAUGCUUCAAAGAAGAGUCAUGCUGAGCUCAACGAGAGUAAGGAACUUGAUGCUGGCAAUCCAGUCGAAUUCGGUACGGAUUACCGAGCGCUUUUGCGUAAGCUGAAGAAUUUGAACGUACUCGGCGGAUGUUGUGGAACAGAUCAUCGUCAUGUUGAAGAAACUUGCAAGGCAUGCAUCAGCAUAUUCGAUCAACAGAAACAUGCUUAUCAUGAUGAAAUAUAA